CGAUCAUGCCGGCAAAUAGGUGGAAGAAAAGGCAUGAUAUGACCAUACGCAUCUGGGACUUACUUGGAGUGCCAAUAUGGAAUAGGAGAAUGACCAGCCUUGCGUCAUUGGUAGGCUUGAGAUUUGCUAAGGAGUACUACACGAAUCCAGAUUUGCACAUGCAGUAAAUCAUCAAAAUUGAAAUACAUGCUUGGCG